AACCGGGCAAAGUGUGGAUUUUGUUUUUCUCAUAAAAAUUCUUUAAAAAAAACCCGGAAACCACACAAAAAAUGGAGUCUCAGCUCGACAGAUCCUUACGUCUUCUCGACGAAGCCAUCCCGAAGAACAAAAACAAACUAAUUCGCCCGCAUCGUGCAACUCCAACGAAAAAUUUCGCCGAUAUCGACUCGUCGAUGACGCUCAACUUGCAGGAGGCUCGUUUGCUGAUGGAAAACAGCGGAUUCUUGCCCGACGUGAACGAAACCCUGAACAAUUCAGCUCGCAUGUCAACCGUUUCGAACAUUUCGAGCAUGAGUUUCGUGAAAAAUCGCGUCGAACGUCGCACGGAACAACUUUACGAACGUUUUUUGGAGGUUUUGCAAGUUCACACGAACGAUACGGAAAUUUUCGAGACAAUUUCCGAACUAACACAAGCCGUAAUUGACACGAUUGAGGAUGUGAAGCAGUGCGGAAAGCGCGAAAUGGCAAAGGCGGGCACCGAAGAUUGGUUGAUGCACGAAAAAAAUACGUGGCAACUGCUUUUUGCGCUGUACAAAGAUCGAUUAAUCACGCAAAAGGACGACGGGAUGGAUGUGGAUGCCGUUAUUCCGCUCGGAAAUAGCGAAAAAGCCGUCGUUUCGAAUUUGUACACGACAAAUGCCAAGUUGAGGGAAUAUCAGUUGAUUGUCGAUUGGUUGGAAGAGAUCAAAUCCGAAGAAGGAGCUCACGUCGGGCAUUUUUCUGAUCGCACCGUCGGUUGGGAAAACACUUUGCAUCAACUACAAAGUGCCGGAAUGACAGUUUUUGGCUCAAACAAGGAAAUUGUGAAACAUUUGGACCCCGAUGCACCUUUCCGUGAGAAACGCCCGUUACACGAUCUCGAUAUGCAAGACGAAUCGCGACUCACGAAGCAAAUUUUUGUCGAAUUGAGACGCGGGCGCAUCGAAGAAGCCCAAUCUCUGUGUGAACAUUACGGACAACCAUGGCGCGCGGCGAUUCUCGAAGGUUGGCGAUUGCAUCACGAUCCGAAUUACGAGCCGCAAGACGCUUCGGGACUCAAACAACCGAUCGAGGGGAAUCCACGGCGCGAUUUGUGGAAAAGAUGCGCUUGGCAGAUGGCGGAUAACGUUCAAAUUGACGAUUAUUCGAGGGCGAUUGCGGGAUUGCUUUGCGGGCAUUUGGGAUCUUUGCUGAAUAUAGCGAAAGAAAAUUGGGCGGAUUUGCUGUGGUCUUAUUUGAGGACGCAAAUUGAUAUAAGGGUAGAAAGUGAAGUGAGAGAUUGUUGCGUUAAAAGUUACUUGAAGAUGCCGGAUGGAUAUUGGACGAAUAAAAUGUCGUUGGAACAGAUUUUUGCGGAAUUGAAUGCACAUAAGAGUCCCAUUGUGAGGGCAGCAGCACAACGUCCUGUCAACAUCAUCCAACAAUACCUCAUUCUCGACGACAUCCCCGAACUAAUGAAGCACAUCGACUCAUGGAUCAGCGACUCGACAAUUUCCACACAAAUGUUACGUUUCCUCACGCACAUCGUCUUGUUCUUCCGUCAAAUCGGCAAACCGCAUCCGGAAGAAAUCGCAGAUCGUGUCAUCAAAGCCUACGUUGAAGCCCUCAUUAAACUUGGAAAUGCUCAGCUGAUCGCUUAUUACACAGCUGCCUUGCCAACGGAGACUCAACUUGAACUUUACUCUUCUUUCAUGGAAACUCUCACAAAUUCCGAAGAUCGACGCGUUUGUUUCUCCGAAGCCAUUUCGCAUGGGCUUGACGUGCAAAGAAUCGCUUUUUAUACCGUCGAUAAGAUCCGGGAUUACAAAAAUUCGGGAGAAAAUGAAAUUUUGAAUGAAAGGCAGCAAAUUAAAUCGCUCGACGACACGAAAAUUCAAGCGCUCGAGUGGUUGACCUUCAAUGCGGACCAAAUUUCAGACCUUUUGUGGCAAGCAAAUGCGCUGAUUCGUAAUUUUAUGGCACAAAACAAGAUCGAGUGCAUCAGAAAAACCUUCAAAAUGGUCCCGAGUGACGCCAUUAAGCAACUAAUUAAAUUUUACGGGUCUCAAGAUCAUCUUCCGCAUCGCGAGGAUUGCGCCAUCAAAGAAUUUUUCUGUCAUCAAGCGUAUUUGACGGCAAUCGAUUCGUACAAUUUUUGGAGCGAUUGCUUCUACAAGCAAAAACCGAAGCCUCCGACACAAAAUGCCAAACCUGUGGGUUUCACGGAGAAAGUUGCGAUGGAGCAUCAAGAACAAACCUUCCGCGCCGACAUGGAAAAGUGGCAACAAAAGGUCCGUGAUCAAACGAAACGUUGCCGCGACUUUCUUUACAACAUUUUACUCUUUCCGGAUCGCGGUUGGUUACUCGAGGAUCCCGUGCCCGAAGAAAUUGCCGUCAAAGAGCCCGGAAUUUGGGAGUUGCGCGAGACACAAAUGCAGAAUUUGCGCAAAAUUGUCAUUCCAGAGGUGAUUAUGUUGUUGUACAAAAUUCUUUCGUUGGCGGGAAAUCAUCAGGAUUGCAUCAAAUUGGCGGAUGACAUUGCAAAUGAGGAAAGAAUGUUGUACAAAGUUUAUUCGAAGCAGAAAUUGUCGGAGUUUUUGAUGAAAAUUGCCGAAACUUCGUUAACGUUGAUGAAUGAACAGAAGGAUCCAUGGGGUUAUGACCAAAAUUAAACUUAAAUUUUGUUACUUUUGUUCUUUUUUUUUAAUUUUAAAGUCAUAAAAUAAAAUAUAAAUGCCCUUUGAUUAGUUGUUGGGUUUCAUUUUUCUCAUUGCCUUUGAGGAAAUUUUCAUUUAAGGUACGGAAUUGUUCAAAAAAGACCUCCUUCCAUUUUGGGUCGUUCAUCUGCGGAGGAUUUCUUGUGUUUCUUGUGCUUGUG